UUAACCAAAGCUUCCAAAUUAUCCAAAAAUCGAUAUUUUCGAGGGAUAACCCCCUCCUGGUUAUUUAUCUUUGUGCUCCGGAUUAGGGAUAUUUUACAGGAUUAUUCCCGGACGGAUUAUUCCCCCCAAACAUAACCUUGAAAUAUGUUUUUUACGGAUAAAUCCUUGUUGAGUCAUUCGUGAGAUCGAGGGUUAAUUCGUUAAAGGUGUUGGAGACAUCAUAUAACGGUUUUGGAGCAGUCAGUAGACAACUGGUGUCUAGGAGACACUGAGUAAAUUACUUUAAAAAAUGGCAUCACAUGAUGAACCCAACAGUAAACAGUCUCAUGUGCUACUGCCGGUGCUCCUGAGUGCUUUUGCACUUCCUAUUUCUAUGCUAUUUUGGAUUGGCAAUGUCGUUUUUUCGAUUUUCACACCUGAAGUUGAUCAUCAUUUGAGUGAAAACCAUCCAGUGAUAUCGCCCUGGCGAUGGCUCCUUGCGACGGUCUUCCCAAUAGUCUUCACUAUUUGGGGAUUGAAGAGACGAAGCCUCGAUCUCACUGGCGCACCAUUGGGUAUCCUCAUGGGUUUCAUCCUGACCCUUACCAGCUACGCCCACCUGGCAUGCCUCAUGAGUUUCUUCGUGUCCUCGUCUCUGGCCACAAAAUUCCGGGCGAAAAAGAAACGAAGCAUCGAGGGUGAUUACAAGGAAGGGGGCCAACGAAAUUGGAUUCAGGUGCUUUGCAAUGGGGGCAUGGGCUCCCAGCUCGCCCUGCUGUACUUGCUCGACGUUGGGUGUGGGGAGAGGCCCAUUGACUUCGACAAGGAUUACAGGAGCUCCUGGUUGUCAAUAGGAAUUCUAGGAGCUUUUGCCUGCUGCAAUGGGGAUACCUGGGCCUCGGAGUUUGGGACAGCUAUGGGAAAAUCGGACCCUUUCUUGAUAACUUCGAGGAAGAGAGUUCCCAGAGGAACAAAUGGAGGUGUGUCAUGGGCAGGUCUCGUCAUGUCAUUGCUGGGUGGUUUAUUAGUAGGACUGUUCCAUUAUUUAACUGUUCUGUAUACGGUAGACGUUGCAGUGCUUGAACAUGCCGCGUCCCAGUGGCCCAUCAUAAUAGUGGGAGGGGCUGGGGGAUUCUUCGGAAGCCUUUUCGAUUCUCUCCUAGGUGCCACUUGCCAGUACUCAGGGAUCAAUGAGGAGGGAAAAAUAGUGGAGCAUCCGGGACGAGGAGUCAAGCACAUUUGUGGAAGACAAAUUCUCGAUAAUCACAGCGUUAAUCUUCUAUCUAGCAUUGCAAUUGCGUUAACAUUCCCAAGACUUGCUAAUUACUUGUGGCCGUAAUAGAAGUGGAGAGUCAAAUACUCGUAAUAUGUUGUGCAUGAAUAUUUAUUAUGGACUUCUGUGCUUUACGUUUUUUUUUUCGAUCGCACUGAGAUCCUCAGAUCUUGUUUGGAGAAUUUUUUUUAUAUUGAAUCAAUUGAAGAUUGAUUAGUGUUAAUGAAUGAAUAUAUUUUUAUAAGACGUUGAUAUGACAGACGUUUCGAUUUGUUAGAGAAAAAAAAUGUUUAGAGAUAAUUUCACGUGAAAUUUGAAGGAAGAAUAUUCAAAGUGUUGAAUAAAAAUGUUAGCCCUAAUUCCCUGGCUUUUAUCACUUUGUAUUUCAUGGAAAAAUCAAUAAAAGCUCUGAAUUUCGACUGAAUUGAUUUUUCAGCUGAUUAAAAAUUCAGGUAAAUUAAAAUUUC